UUAUUGCCCGCGUUUCAGUUCCAGUUCGGUGCCAAAGCCAAGGAACACCGAAACGAUCCCCUGCUUCCUGUCUGUCCGGUUGCUGUAGCAGAGCCAGCAGAGGGUAGAGAGAGAAGGAAAUGAAAUGGAAAGUGCGAGUAGUAGCAGUAGCAACACAGACAUGGAGAUUCACGUCCGUACACUUACGGGUGAAUCCACCGCCAUUCGCAUUUCCCCCAACAAAACUAUUCACGAACUUAAGCUUCUCUUGAAGCUCUCUUUCCCUCCCGCCUCCUCCUCCCCCAGUUUCCACCUCUUUUUCAAGGGUGCUAAAUUGGACUUGCGGAGUACGAUAAGUUGUCUCUCAAUUGAGGAUGGUGAAUUCUUUGUUAUGGUUCCAUUCACUAAGAAAGAACGUCCUGAGACCCAGAAACCUAAUUUCACAGAGAGACCCCAGAACUUACGCAAACAAACCUCAAUCUCAAGCUUUGCUGAUUCAGCAUAUUCUGAUAUGAUGCAAGAAUUUCAAUCUUUAACCGAGGAUGGCGGUAAGGAUAGUGAUAAGGGGGUUGAUAAGGAGAGAUCAUUUUCUCAUUCUGUAGAGAAGAAGCGCAAACGGGUUGAUGAUUGUGGCAAUCAAGUGGGAGGCCCAUAUGAGUUUUUGUGGAGUGUAUUCAUAUCUCCUGAGAAUGAUGCAUUUGGGGGCCAAAACUCUCAAAAGAUUGUUGAGGUUUUAGAAUCUGUUAGUUGUUUGUCAUCUCCGCAAUCUGGGCGAUGCCUGUUAAGAGAAGCAAAUAUGCAUUGUGGUGAUGGGGCACUGCAGAGAGACACUGGCAAUCCAUGCUCAUGUCCAGUAUGGUUGAAAAAAAUUAUGGAAGCAUUCACUUUCCUAAGCCUUUUUAAUGGGUUUCUUCAACUGGGGAGCAAAAAAAUCACCUUGUCUCGUUUGAAUGGAGUCCUGAACCAACUAGGAGAAUUUGGAGUUCAAGUUGGCAUUAAGGACGUAGAGCAUCUUGCGCUUAUUUGUCCUAAGGUUGUACGCUUUGCUAACAACGAUACAGCAAAUAUGGGCUUUUCUGAGGCCAUUGUUAUAAUUGAUUCUUCAGAAAAAGAGAAAGAUGAAGUUGAAGAGCAUUCUAGAAAGGGUCAAAAAGGCAUGUCAUUAACAAAGAUAUUUAGUGCAAUGAAGAAACGAGAAAGUUCAUUCAAGACUAAUUUAUGGGAGGCCGUUAAAUUAUUAACGAAAAGCAAAAAUGGGAGGACCAUAAUAUUUUGCUUGGAGGAUCUGCUCAAUUUUGUGAAGGAAGGUGGUACAGUCAUCAGAGGAAAUGAAGCUAAACGAGCAAGGGGUAGCAAGUUUUCUAGAUCGAGUUCUCGUUCAGUUCAAUACCGAUGUCAUCGGACAGAUGAACUGCAACCACUGGAGAUGAUAGAGCAUCUCAGGAAUGGCACUGGAUCCAAAGGACAGAUGGUGCAUGUUGAAGAUAUUGAUGCCAGAAAAGCUAUUUACAAAGAGAUGCCAGAGAGACUCUCAGAUAAGACAAAAUCCGUACUGAAAAAUGUUGGAAUUGAUAAAUUCUAUAUCCACCAGACAGAGUCAAUAAUGGCAUCCCUUGCUGGGAAGAAUGUUGUCGUUGCAACUAUGACGUCUAGUGGGAAAUCUCUUUGCUACAAUGUGCCAGUCCUGGAAGAAUUGUCGCAGAACUUGUCAUCAUGUGCUCUUUACUUGUUUCCAACAAAGGCCUUAGCUCAAGACCAACUAAGAGCUUUGCUAGCUAUGACGAAACAAUUUGAUUCAAGCAUAAAUAUUGGAGUAUAUGAUGGCGAUACUUCUUAUAGAGACAGGAUGUGGCUACGUGAUAAUGCUAGAGUGUUGAUCACAAAUCCAGAUAUGCUGCACAUGUCAAUCUUGCCUUUUCAUGGACAAUUUAGCCGAAUUUUAUCAAAUAUUAGGUACUUAGUGAUUGACGAAGCUCAUGCUUAUAAGGGAGCAUUUGGGUGCCAUACUGCUCUAAUCCUAAGAAGAUUUCGCCGACUCUGCUCUCAUGUUUAUGGUAGUGAUCCUUCUUUCAUCUUUUGCACUGCAACUUCUGCUAAUCCCCGUGAACAUUGCAUGGAACUUGCAAAUCUAUCAGAGCUUGAACUGAUUGAAAAUGAUGGAAGUCCUUCUUCACAAAAGCUUUUUGUUCUUUGGAACCCUUUUUCAUGUUUGAAAAGUGUGUGGGACGGAACUCAGAAUGACAUGGAUGCUAGUGAUACUGCUGCAUGUAGAAAUUCAAGUCCUAUUUCAGAAGUUUCAUACCUCUUUGCAGAAAUGGUUCAGCAUGGUCUUCGCUGCAUUGCUUUUUGUAGAUCGCGUAAACUCUGUGAGCUGGUGUUAUGUUAUGCGCGUGAGAUUCUUGAGAAGACAGCUCCUCACCUCGUGGACUCUAUAAGUGCAUACCGUGGUGGCUAUGUUGCUGAGGACCGGAGGAGAAUAGAGAGUGAUUUAUUUGGAGGAAAGCUUUGUGGUAUUGCUGCAACAAAUGCCCUUGAAUUGGGUAUUGAUGUUGGUCAUAUUGAUGUGACCUUGCAUUUAGGCUUUCCUGGUAGUAUUGCCAGCUUUUGGCAACAAGCUGGGAGGUCCGGUAGGCGAGAAAAGCCAUCUCUUGCCGUGUAUGUUGCAUUCGGAGGGCCACUCGAUCAAUAUUUUAUGAGAUGUCCUAGAAAACUUUUUAGCAGCCCAAUUGAAUGUUGUCAUAUUGAUGCUCAAAACCAACAGGUGGUUGAACAGCAUUUGGUCUGUGCUGCUCUUGAGCAUCCGCUGAGUUUGCAGUACGAUGAGAAAUAUUUUGGGCCUGGUUUAAACAGUGCCAUUAUGAAUCUUACAAAAAGGGGAUAUGUGAAUUGCGAUCCAUCACGCGAUUCUUCUGCUAGAAUAUGGAGUUACAUUGGACAAGAGAAAAUGCCUUCACACGCAGUUAGCAUUCGAGCAAUAGAAGCUGUGAGAUAUAAGGUAAUAGAUAUCCAUAAGGAUGACGUCCUUGAAGAGAUUGAGGAAAGCAAAGCUUUUUUCCAGGUUUAUGAAGGUGCUGUUUACAUGCAUCAAGGGAAGACUUACCUGGUCAAGGACUUGGACACAAAAGGAAAGAUUGCUUUGUGCCAAAGAGCUAACAUGGAAUAUUACACUAAGACUCGUGAUUACACAGAUAUUCAUGUCGUUGGUGGUAAUAUUGCUUAUCCAUUAAAGCUUUCAAAAAACCCACUCUCAAGAACAACAGCCCAAGCACAGACAUGCAACGUAACCACGACUUGGUUUGGCUUUCACCGUAUACGGAAAGGAAGCAAUGAGAUCUUUGAUACCAUUGAACUGUCACUGCCUAAAUAUUCAUAUGAAUCACAGGCAGUUUGGAUUCAAGUUUCACAAUCAAUCAAAACUGCAGUGGAGAAAAACUUUUCAUUCCGCUCCGGAUUGCAUGCAGCAUCUCAUGCUCUUCUCCAUGUAGUACCAUUAUAUAUAAGAUGCAAUUAUUCUGACUUGUCUCCAGAGUGCCCGAACCCUCACGAAACGCGGUUUUUUCCUGCAAGAAUUCUAUUGUAUGAUCAGCAUCCUGGAGGAACUGGCGUCUCAAUACAGAUUCAACCUUAUUUUACGGAGCUUUUAGAGGCUGCACUGGAACUUCUCACAUCUUGCCAUUGCUCGGGGGAAACAGGUUGCCCAAAUUGUGUUCAGAGUCUGGCUUGUCACGAGUAUAAUGAGCUCAUAGACAAGGAUGCAGCCAUUGUGAUUAUACAGGUUUUGCUUUCAAAAUCAUACAUUUAAAUAGUUGACUGUGUUUUCAUUUUAAAACAAAAAGUCUCAGCAGGG